UCGAUCGGUUAAUUAUGUUGAUUUGAGUGGGGAAAGUGGCCUGCGACUGAUAGAGGGUCGAGCAAAGGAAGGAUUGUGCCUCAUACUAAUCCGAUCCCCUAUAGAAAUCCAACAUUAAAUCCCAAACUUUUCUGCUUCUCGUCUCUCUUUCGCCUGCUCUCCCUUCACCACCCCCAUCGUCGAGGCGACCGCGGGCGCACGUACUCCGCUUCAACUAGCUUUUUAGCCUUUAAUAUCUUCGCCAAUUACGGCAUGAAGCGGUUCAAAUGAUAAUAUAAGUGUCACUGUGUUGCACCGUUAAUGGAUUUGAGCGCUAGGACGCCGUCAAAAGGGGUUCUGCAGGACAAGAGGGAUGGAGGGGGUGCGAGUGUUUUCUAACACAUAUGUAAACGGAGCUAUGUUCGUUAAUUAAAUGGCUUUAGUCCGGCUAGGCCUCAAUUUGCGCUGUUGAGCCGCAGGCGGCGGGGCGUUGCAACGCUACAUGCCCGAUUGGCAGCCCACAAUCAGCGGGGAGGAGUCUGGAGAGACGGUGACCAGUGAAAGCAGUCGGGUGGUCGAGUGGCUGUGCCCCUUAUGCCAAAAAUGGCAAACGGACAGAUCAUCCCUGUCUCUGCAUCUCACUGAGCAACACAGUGUACUUGCAUCUUGUGUCGACAGACUGCUGGACAUUGCUAUUCUAAAACAGAGUGCAAGCGGAGGAGAGGAGAAUAAAGGUGCUCAAAAGUCUUCAGCAGAUACCAAGUCCUCAGAACUGAAGCAAGGCGAAGACGUCUGUUCAGACCCACACCAGUCUAGUGAGAGUUCAGAGACAACCCAGACAAUUGGAGACAAAGAGAUGGAGGAAGAGAGAGUAAAGGAACAGGAGGCAUGUGAAGCUGAGCCUGAGCCAGAAGAAGAGGGAAAUGAACUCAUGGGAACAAAGCCGCAAAAUACAACUGAAGAGACAGAAAUCCCAGAUAGUGAUCCAGGCACUGAAAAGUCAGUCAGUGAAAAUGGUGUGCCAGCUGAUGAUAACAUGCAGUCAUUCAAAUGCAAUGCCUGUUUGGAAACUUUUUCUAGCAGAACUGCUUUGAGUGUUCAUUACAACUCUGCAUCCCACAUUCAGAGGAUGACGACACGUUCUGCAAAACAAGAUGCAGAAAAGGAUCCUCAACCCCCCUCAGUUUCUGCCCUUUCUCGACCAUAUAUAACAAACAAACCCUAUCAGUGUGCUAUAUGUCGAGUCUCAUACAAUCAUGCCAUCACCCUCGAGAGCCAUAUGAAAUCUGUCUUGCACCUGAACAGCACAGUGGCUACUGCUGGUUUGGGAAGUAGGACCACCAGUUCUCCAAACACUGUAGUGAGCACAUCUGGAAGUGGAACCAGUCAGUCAGUGACCACCACCAAUUGUGCUGCUGCUGGGACUGUGAUGUUGACUACAAAAGAUGGAGAGCAGAUUCAAAACUCACAAGUGGUUCCCUCCUUCCUCACCUCCCCUGUGGCAUCAGCUCAAGCAGUCUCAGCCUUCCUCACCCUCCUCACAUCAAGUCCCAACACACUCUCACACUCCAUCCUACCCUCCCUAUUUGCAGCUGGUGCUGCUCCUGGUGCCACCACACCUCAGCCUCAAAUGGUCAUGCCUUUGAUUUUGAAUGGAUUGCAAGCCCAAACCCAGCAGCACCAAGAGAGCCAGCAAGGCCCUAUUCUUACCCAGUGUGUUCCAUUUGUAGGUCUCAGCACAGCCCAGCAAGCUCUCUUAACCCAAAGACUUAACAACUUACAGAACCAGUGGCCAUCCACAGGAGUUCAGUCAAACUUAAAGCUCUGCUUGGAAGAGCAAAAACAAAGUAAGUGUGAGAGAGAGCAAGAGAGGGAGGGCAGUGAAGAGAGAGUUGAAGAGAAGGUCUCAACUCAGAUCAAGGAUAAGAAUAACUGGACAGCAGAGAAGAUGAAAACAGAGAAACUUGAGGAAGAGAACAGUGAAAAAUAUGCACAGAGUCUUAAUAUAGAAAGCAGAGUCAAGUUUGAGAAUAAUGAAGACAUUGGAAAGGCACAUAGAGAUAGCACAACAGAUGGAGACAGCUCAACUAAUCAGUUGGACCUGGAAGGUGAUAAAGCAGCUUGCCUGACUCUCUCUUCAGCAAGUGCAGAAAAGAGCCUCUGCAAUAGCAACCUCUCACCUUCUGCAUCUGUACCCAGCAACUCAAGCCUCAGUCCUAUAAAUUUAAAUCUUACACUUAGCCCUGACUCUACUCCUCAGAAAUCACAAUCAGGCAAUAGCCCUUGUGGCUCUUUUGUUACCCCAAAAUCCAGCCCAUGUAUAAAUGCCUUAACUAAGAACCAAAUUCAACUCCACUGUAAUACAAAAGGAUCCAUUUUUCCAGACCUUCCACUGCUGUCAGAGUUCCAGUCAGAGGUUCUCUGGGCAUUUUUUGAGUCGCGUAGUGAGGCUGAUGCCGCAAGUCCUCCCCAUGAGGACUAUGAGGCACUAGGCAGGGAGGUGGGCCUUUCUGCAGAGGAGGUAUGUAGGUGGCUGAACACAGCCCGACAUGCCAAACAGAGGCAGAGGGUGGCAGAGUUAGAAUAUCUGCGAGGCUUAGCAGGAUCUACAAGGCAUAGCCAAAGUUCUGACAGUGAUGAUGAGGAAAGCUCACUGAUAAUAGCAGAAGGUGAGGAUGAAGCUGAAGCUUCAGGGAGUCAGGCAAUAGAUUUGUCUCAUACAAGAGGAGAAUGCAGACAGAAAGAUUUAGAAAGGGAGGGUCAAGGAGAUUCCUGUCUCACGUCUGACUCAGAAAAUGAGGUUUACACUUCUGUCAUUGUUUCUGAUGAUGAAAAUCAGAGUGGAUCUUUGAGGGAAGGCCCUGAGAGCCCUGUUAAAGUACAAGGACAGCACAAGAUUCAUGUUGAUAAGGGGUCAGUGGGAGGAAAGGUCUUGCGUUCCACAACUGUGUUUCUCUCAGAUGCAGAGGAUGAGUAUGAUGAGGAAGAAUAUGGAGGGGGUCAGAGGGCCAAGAGGAAAAAACACAAGGGAGAGUUUGUACAUGAUGAGGUGGACAUAAAGAAGGAGAGACAGGACCCAGAUGUGGAUCUAGAGUUAGAGGCCCAAGGGGAUCCACCAGGUUCACAGUGUCGCCUAAUGGACCAUCCUGCAUUUCCAACCAGUGCUCUGCAUUCACUUCCCUUAUCCCUCACUCCGUUUUCUACUCAGUUCCUUAGUCCCUAUGUCUUCUCUUUAACUCCUUCAGUGGUUGGAGAUGGGCACAAAGUACCUGCCUUUCCUAAUUCACCAACCAUCACUCGCUUUUCCAGCUCUCUUCUCUUGCAGUCUCUCUCCUCCCACAACCAAACUUCUCACUACUUGUCCAAUGGUGGUGACUGUGAGGCUGCUCUGGAUCUCAGCAUGGGGAAAAACAGCUCAAAACGUGUUUCUUCCUCAUCUGUUUUAGCUGAUAAAGCUGCAGCACACAAAGGACAGUUGCUGGAUGGGCUUGGCCUGAGACCCACAUCCAAAGGCUUGGUAGUUGUCCAGGUUAAGCCUGAAUCUGUUACUGGCAUGCCUGCUUCCAACAGCAGUACAAACCUGGUUAGCUGCAAUAACAUAAAGUCUAAUAUUUAUGCCAGGGGAACAGAGAAAAUGAGUGCUACACUUUUGGAAAGGGAACGAGAAAAUGAGAAAGAGAAGGAAAAGGAGACAGAGCAAGAGCAGCAGCAGAGGAAGUCCAAAGGAAAAAGGUAUCGGGAUAUGCGACGUUCAAGAACGAUUAUCCAAGCUGAACAACUUGACAUUCUAUAUGGUUGCUAUUUCAAAGACCCAAAUCCUGGAAAACAUGAGUUUGAACAGAUUGCUGAGUGGGUCCACCUUCCAAAGAAGGUUGUUCAGAUUUGGUUUCAGAACAUGAGAGCAAGGGAGCGAAAGGGUGAGGUCAAGUUUAUCAGUGAUGGGACACUGGCAGCGGUUGGAAAACCUCUCAUCAAAUUUACCUGGCCUCUUUCCAAACCUAUAUUCUCCCACAAGCCUGCUACAAACAAUGCUGGGUGCAUUACAACCACUCCAAUUGUGCGCACCCUCAUAAAGUCAGAGAGGGAGCCUGUAAAGGAGCAGGGCAAACCAGCACUGGUGAAAAAAAUUACCCCAGUUCCUAUCAAACCCAAGGAGGUAGUUUCCUCUAUUGCAGUCUCUCCUGUGAGCAGCAGUGCCUCUGCAGUGCCAAAGACCAAGCUUGAAACCACCAGUAACCUCAAAAUGGUCAAAGUUGCACCCAAUGUUAACACCCCUGUCCUUUUAGCACCACCCAAGGAGCCAAUCCCCAUUGCCCCACGACUGACCCAGAAACGAAAACUACAAGAGGAGAGCGAGGAGGAAAAGACUGAUGAAGAGAGAGACAAUGAAAAUGAGAGGGGUCCGGGACCAGGGACUACUAACCGCAUGGUGCCCAAGCUGCCCACAACUCCCAUCAAUAGGUCUCAUGCUACAACAGUGCUGCCACAGAAACAGAAUGGGCUUAACUACUGGACUCCCAAAAUCCCCAUCAAGAUCAACACAUUAUCAAGAGAACAACUUGCACUUCCCACACACACGCCUUCUCGUACCAUCGCCCCCCCUACCACCCCUAGCAUUGCACCAGUUAGUCCUAAUACACCCAGCUCUGCCAAGGUGGCCAGCCCCUCCACCCCAGUCGCAUCAAAAUCAAGCUCAACAGAGAGCAGCAAUCUACCCCACUCAUCCAGCCGAAGGCCACGCACACACCUGUCCUGCCUGCAGCUAUCCAUUCUGCAGUCCUGCUAUGAGACUUGUGCCCACCCUAAUGCAAUGGAGUGUGAAGCAAUCGGCACGGAGCUCAACCUGCCACUCAAGGUGGUGCAGAUCUGGUUCCAAAACACCAGAGCCAAGGAGAAGCGCUGGAGGUUGCAGCAAGAAAAAAUGGUAAGUGGGGUUUACUUUCGUACUUCAAAGACUUAACAGUAGAGAUGCCCU